UAUGUUAUAUGUAUUGAAACUUGAGUCUAGAUGAGGAGUUAAUUUUAAUUUUUUUAUGUAACUUUAUUUUUCCUACUUUUUGUAUAGAACUAUAGAUCAUGUAAUAUUUUAUUGAAUUGUAGAUCCAUGUAUAUUGUAUAAUUAAAUUGAAUUGUAGAUCCAUGUAUAUUGUAUAAUUAAAUUUAAUUGUAGAUCCAUGUAUAUUGUAUAAUUAAUAACAGCCAAAAAUUAUUUGAACAUCAUUGAUCACGUAAUAUUUUUUUGAAUUAUGGAAUAUAGAUUCAUCAUGACUAUCGUCUGUUGUACUUGUAGAAUUUCUUAAAGCCUGAAUCGUUUGUUGUACCAUGCAGUUUGCUAGUUGUUUUUCUUUGGUCAAAAUGAGAGUUUUAGUUUCUAAGACAUAGUAACAUAUGUUUGUGACGAUGAAUAUCUGCAUUCUUCAACACCACUCCCAAAUGUUUUUUUAGUAGUAAAUGCAUGCUUUCUUAUCCAUACAUCAUAACAUGUAUAUUUUUUUUAUCACAGUCAAUAUAAGAUGGCUCAAGAUCCUGCAAGAAAAUACGCAACUCCAAAUCCAAAGACUAGAUAUUUAUUUACGUGUAAUUUUUGCUCAAAGAAUAUAACAUUAGGGGUUCGAAGGGUCAAGGAACACUUGGUCGGUGGUUUUAAAAAUGUCACGGCAUGCCCUAAAUGUCCAUCACAUGUGAGAGAUGAGAUUAUAGAGUUCAUGAAGAAAAAAGAGUGCUAAACUGGAUCAAGAUCUUCCGUCAGCAUCACAAGGUAGGCAGGAUUUUGAAGAUUUAACCUUUGGAGAUGACGAAGAGGAUGAUGUUGGUAAUACAACAAUUAAAUCGAAGAAGCCGAGGACGAAAGGUGCUUUGGAUGUAUAUUACGACCGCGUUCCAGCAAAAGGAGUCCAAGUACAAAAAUUGAGCAAGGGAAAACAACAGACGAUAAAUGAUGUUCAGGGAAAAGAGUUACAUGACAGGGCUUGCACUAAAUUGGCUAAAUGGUUUUAUGAAGCCGGAAUACCAUUUAAUGCUGCUAAGCACGAAAGCUUUAAGAUUGCCAUUGAAUCUGUUGGACAGUAUGGUCCCGGUAUGAAGCCACCGAGUUAUCAUGAACUGAGAGUGCCUUUGCUGAAGAAAAAAGUUGAGAGUGUGAGUGCUCUCGUAAAAGAGCAUAGAGAUGAUUGGGCAACUUAUGGAUGUUCAAUUAUAUCUGAUGGGUGGCGUGAUUCUGUUUCUCAUAAAGAAAUUAUCAACUUCGUAGUGAAUUCGCCAAAAGGUUCAAUUUUCAUCAAGUAUGUCGAUGUGUCUGACAUUGUAAAAGAUGCAAACGCUCUGGUAGCAAUGUUCGAAGAGAUGAUUGAUUAUGUUGGAGUGAUCCAAAUCGUGACGGAUAAUGCCUCCAAUUACAAGAAAGCUGGAAUGACGCUGCAAGUAAGGAUACCCUCACUGUUUUGGUCUCCAUGUGCAGCACAUUGCAUCGAUUUGAUGCUUGAAGAUAUUGGUAAAAUACCGCUUAUCAAUGGUGUGAUAAAAAAGUCAAUAGCUUUGACCGGUUAUAUUUACAGUAAGAUGGGCGUGCUGAACAUGAUGAGAAGAUAUACGAAUAAGAGAGAGUUACUUAGGCCGGCAGUCACUAGAUUUGCUACUUCCUUCAUCACUUUGAGGUCCAUCCAUAACCAGUGGCAGAAUCUCAGAAAAAUGUUCACCAGUGAUGAAUGGACUACUAGUCAGUGGUACAAAGAGGCAUCCGGAAAACAGGCAACUACUACUGUGUUGAAUGAUGCUUAUUGGAGACAUAUUGUCCAUGCACUCAAAUUGGGUUCUCUUCUUAUUGAGGUAUUGAGAAUGGUUGAUGCAGAGCGCAAGCCCGUGAUGGGUUAUAUUUAUGAGGCUAUGGAUCGUUGUAAAGAGACCAUUUCCAAGUCAUUCAAAGGAAACGAAGACAAGUAUAAGAGAGCAUUUGAUGUAAUUGACUCUAGAUGGAAUGAUCAAUUGCACAAACCAUUGCAUGUUGCAGGUCAUUACUUGAAUCCAACAGUCUUUUAUAAAGACGUGAAAGGUAUUUUGGCUUGUUCAGAGGUUAUCGAAGGCUUGCACGAGUGUAUUCUAACACUGGUUCCCGACAUAAAUAUGCAAGAUCAGAUCAUGAAAAAGGAAACGGCUUUGUAUCGGGACGUUGUUUCCUGUUUCGAAAAUCCUUUAGCUAUUCGACAUAGAAAUCAAAUGGCACCAGGUAAAUAUUAUCAUAUUUUUCAUUAAACUAUUUAUUUGAUUGAUAAAUGAUAUACUAAAUAUUUCUCUAUCUUGUUUUCUUCAGCUGAAUGAUGGAAACAUUAUGGGUCUAAGGCACCAAAUUUGCAAAACUUUGCAAUUCGAGUCUUGAGCCUAACUUGUAGUGCUACUGGCCGUGAGAGGAAUUGGAGUACUUUUCAACAUGUAAGACUUGAAAUUUGUGCUUAUAUUUGUGAGAAGCUAAUAUAUGUUAUUUUUACCUUUUCAUUUACAGAUUCAUAGCAAAAAGAGGAAUCGUUUGGCACAAGAACGAUUAAACAACUUAGUGUUUGUGAAGUACAACAGGGAUCUUGAGGAAGAUUCAACAUACAAAACGUCACUGAUCCUAUACUCCUAAGUGACAUUGACGAUAGUAAUGAAUGGUUAAUGGGUAGGAUGGAGGGGGAGGAUGAGGAUGCGGGGGUGAUGAUUUUGUCUUCCAAAAUGAGUCGCUCAGAUGGAAAGAUGUUAGUAGAGCUUCUGGUGUGUUGGAGUCAUCUCACAAUACUAGAGGCAACACAAAUACUCGAGAUCAUGCCUCAAGCUCCAAGUCUAUUCGUAUUCUUGUGGAUGAAGAUGAAGAGAAUGAAGAUAUAAACUUGGUUGGAGCAGAAUUUGAUGAAGGAGAAGAUGACUAUCAUCUAAGUGAAGAUGAUAUAUAACUUUCUUUUGACAUAUUCAGACAAUGGUUUCAAUUAUUUAUUUUGUGUUAUACUAAUGACUUAUGAAUUGUUUUGAUAUUUUGAUAAUUUCUAUUUUUCACUUUAUCUCUAUUCAC